CGGAGGGAGGGGUGAAAUCUGGGGGUCCCGCCACCCCCGAGCACCCAAAGCCCCCCUCCCCGACGGUGGCGUUUUGGGGGGGGGGGGGUGUCACCGUCCCCCGCAGCCCCCCGGGCGGACGCCGGGCCGCUCCGAGGCCGAGCUGCGGCUGCUGGCGGCGGCGCCGGACCCGCGGCGGCUCCGCGACACCUUCCUGCGCCCGCUGCUGCACCCGCGGGUGCCCGGCAGCGCCGGCAGCCUCGCCGCCCGCCAGCACCUGGCCGCCCGCCUGGGCGCCCUGGCUACCUCGUGGCACCUGGAGCUGGACGCCUUCGAGGCGGCCACGCCGCGCGGACCGGUGGCCUUCGCCUCGCUGGUGGCCACGGCGGCGCCGGCCCCGCGGCGCCUGGCUCUCGCCUGCCACUACGACAGCAAGGCGCUGCCGCCCGACGCCCGCGGCCGCCCCUUCGUCGGAGCCACCGACUCGGCGCUGCCCUGCGCCCUCCUCCUCGAGCUGGCGGCCGCCCUCGACGGUCGCCUGCGGGACGCCGCCGCCCGCGGCGCUGGCACCACGUUGCAGCUGCUCUUCCUGGACGGCGAGGAGGCUUUCGGCGAGUGGAGCGCCCAGGACUCGCUCUACGGCGCCCGGCACCUCGCCGCCCGCAUGGCCGCCACUCCCCACCCCGCCGGCGGCCCCGGCGUCACCCAGCUCGGAGCCAUGAGCCUGUUGGUGCUGCUGGACCUGCUGGGUGGCCCCGAACCUGCCAUCUACAGCCACUUCGACCGCACCCACGCGUGGUUCCUGCAGCUCGCCGCCAUCGAGCGGCGGCUGCACCGCCUGGGGCUGCUGCGCGCCCACCGCCGGGAGCAGCUCUACUUCCAGCCGGGCCGGGCGCCGGGGCCCGUCGAGGACGACCACGUCCCCUUCCUGCAGCGAGGCGUCCCCGUGCUGCACCUCGUCCCCACGCCGUUCCCCCGCGUGUGGCACACGGCCGAGGACACGGAGGAGAACCUGGACCCGCCGACCGCCGAGAACCUCGCCAGGAUCCUCGCCGUCUUCGUCGCCGACUUCCUGCGGCUCUGAGCGCCCGCGGCGCCGGGUCACCCGCGGCGCCGUGUCACCCGGGUCACCCGUGUCGCCGUGUCACCCGUGUCGCCAUGUCACCCGCGUCGCCGUGU